AUGCCCUUCCUACGCGGGGCUCGUCCAUCUCAAGCCGGGCAGGCGUCUGGCCGUCACACUGGCCACCCGGCACACGUGAUGACCCUCAUCGAAGGUGCUGCUCUUCCGGCUGGGCCGCCUCAUCCUCGCAGUGCACGUCAUUCCUCAGGCCGUGGUUCAUCCCCAGGCUCCUGCGCGCUCUGCAACCCUGUUUUCCUGUUCGCAGGUGCUGCGCUGACCUCAGCUUCAGCUGCUGCCUGCCGGAACGGCGUCUUUCAUGAUGGCACCGCCUCUUCCACUUACUUAUUUCUUUUUCACGGACGCGGCUCAGUCCGAGGCCCCUGGACUCUGGAGGAGGUGGUGAGGGACAGGAGGCCCCUGGACUCUGUGGAGGUGGUGAGGGACAGGAGGCCCCUGGACUCUGUGGAGGAGGUGAGGGACAGGAGGCCCCUGGACUCUGUGGAGGAGGUGAGGGUCAGGAGGCCCCUGGACUCUGUGGAGGAGGUGAGGGUCAGGAGGCCCCUGGACUCUGUGGAGGAGGUGAGGGACAGGAGGCCCCUGGACUCUGUGGAGGUGGUGAGGGUCAGGAGGCCCCUGGACUCUGUGGAGGAGGUGAGGGACAGGAGGCCCCUGGACUCUGUGGAGGUGGUGAGGGUCAGGAGGCCCCUGGACUCUGUGGAGGAGGUGAGGGACAGGAGGCCCCUGGACUCUGUGGAGGAGGUGAGGGACAGGAGGCCCCUGGACUCUGUGGAGGAGGUGAGGGACAGGAGGCCCCUGGACUCUGUGGAGGAGGUGAGGGACAGGAGGCCCCUGGACUCUGUGGAGGAGGUGAGGGACAGGAGGCCCCUGGACUCUGUGGAGGAGCAGCACACGCCGCAGCAGCACACGCCGCAGCAGCACACGGCGCAGCAGCACACGCCGCAGCAGCCGCAGCAGCACACGGCGCAGCAGCACACGCCGCAGCAGCCGCAGCAGCACACGGCGCAGCAGCACACGCCGCAGCAGCCGCAGCAGCACACGCCGCAGCAGCACACGCCGCAGCAGCACACGCCGCAGCAGCCGCAGCAGCACACGCCGCAGCAGCCGCAGCAGCACACACCGCAGCAGCACACGCCGCAGCAGCACACGCCGCAGCAGCCGCAGCAGCACACACCGCAGCAGCACACGCCGCAGCAGCACACGCCGCAGCAGCCGCAGCAGCACACGCCGCAGCAGCACACACCGCAGCAGCACACGCCGCAGCAGCCGCAGCAGCACACACCGCAGCAGCACACACCGCAGCAGCACACGCCACAGCAGCAGCCGCAGCAGCAGCCGCAGCAGCACACACCGCAGCAGCACACACCGCAGCAGCACACACCGCAGCAGCACACGCCGCAGCAGCCGCAGCAGCCGCAGCAGCACACGCCGCAGCAGCCGUAG